CGUGACAGUCAAGUCACACAAGCAUGAAUAGGUGGUACACUAAGGUCAAGGGUUAGAAAUUGCAUAUGUGCCACGACACGUGUGUUCAACUGAUGCAAUCGUUUUGUGUGACUUUUAGGUCUAGUCAAUGUUAAGGUUGUGAAGACAGUGGGAUAUAGACUUUGGAUCUUAAAGUGUUUCAUAAAUCCUUUGCAUUGAUAUACUAAAUCACAAUUUUCUAAUUUACGGAAAGAUUGGGAAAGAUACGACUACCGACUUUUAAGUAGGUCACGUAUACCUGAAUACCGAAGGGGUUUUCCCGUGUUCUAUAUCACAAGGCUGAGCUCGAGGCUAGCUAUGUCCUGUUACCCAUGUGUUCACCAUGUUGAGAUCGGGGUCGUGGAUGGCCCUGCUGCAGUGGAAUGCUUAAAGCUGCAUUACGGCUUUAAGGUCACAGCCUUCAGACAGUCAGCGGUGGCUGACCAGUGGCUACUUGUGCGCAACGAUACCCGUUUCCUGGUGACCAGCUUAAAGACAGGAGAUCAAGAGUUACUGAAGGAUGAUAACUACGUCAUCAACUGGACAGCCACUAAAGCGUCCUCUGAACUUCCCAGCAAAGACUCUGUUUUCAACAUCGCCUUUCAGGUGAAAAACAUUGACGCCUUCAUCCAGCGCCUAGAGAAUCAAGGAGUAGACUUGAGCAAAUCUCUGAGAGUCGUAUCAGACUCCGAGGGAACAGUGAGAACUUGUGUCGUGAAAAGUAUCGUCGGCGACGUCCAUCACACGCUGAUAGAGAAGUCGGACUACGCCGGCGUCUUUCUGCCUUGCUUCGAACCUGUUGGUCAAGGAAACUUGCAAAGUGACCUGCACGCGGAGCAGUCACUGAUCUACUUUGACCAUGCCGCCAUGUCUGCAGAGAUGAACACUACGACGGCGAUUAUUGCUUGGUAUGAGCGGUGUUUUGGAAUGAAGAAAUUUAUCAUCAAUAGAGAUGAAGAUAAGGAAAACGGUUUGGUCCUCUCAACAGACAAAGUAGGACUCAGACUGAGGGCCAUGGAAUACUGGAAAUGUGCAGAGGUCGGAUUGCUGGCUGCAGACACUGAUGACGGCCAUGAACGGUUGCCCAUUGUCAUAGGAGAAGCACUAUCUAGCGAGCCUGAAAACUUUGCCGACAAUCAAAUCGAGUCCUGGAUACGUCAGCACGGUGGCCCAGGUAUACAACACAUUGCCAUCUACACACCUGACAUAAAAUCAACAGUACGCAGUCUCAAACUGUCAGGUGCUACCUUUGCUAAACCCCCACCAGACACAUACUACUCGGAGAUUGGUAGACUCCAUGAUAUCAUCAAGGCUGGAGAAGAUAUAGAAGGACUUAAAGAAAAUGGAAUUCUCAUAGACACAGAGGCUGACGGCAUAUUUGAAGUAGAGCGCAAACAAAGCAAGGAGAAUAAAGAGAGCUACCUGCUUCAGAUAUUCACCAAGCCACUGCUACCUAGCGAUCCUUUUUUUCUGGAACUCAUUCAGAGGGAGGGUGCCACUGGCUUUGGUUCUGGCAACGUUGAAGCUUUGUACAGAUCAGUUCAGGCCUAUAUAGUGGAUGGUUCUAGUCCAUGACUUGCCACAAGCAUCGCAGAAAGAAACGUUAUCAAAUGUAUAUCAGCAUUUUGUGAUUCUAAGGUUUAAUAAAAUGUGUUUAUUUCAA